AUGCAUCCUGCCACGGUUUUGCUUGCGGCUAUUGCCGCAGUUGCCCUUCCUCACAAUUUCGACCACUUCGAAUCCAACGAGACCAUAGACUCGACCCCAGGAACAGAAUAUAACAAUACAUGGGACGCAUCCAACGGAAGCACGGUCAGCAAUGGAACAUAUACUUCUCAAAGAAACCGAGUAAACGUGCACAUGGCCACAGUUGGCUUUGAUUAUGGACGUUGUGGAUCUGGGUUUGGUGGCUGCGAGAUUGGUUCUUGCUGCUCUGAUUAUGGUUAUUGUGGCAUCCAAGAGCCGUACUGCGGAGACCGUAACAGCACCAAGUUCCAGAACUCAGGCACCCUCUAUCCCCCGCAUACCAGCGCCAAUAUACACAAACGGUCAAUGGGUCCUACGACCUCGAUAAUUCCCAGACGCAAGGUCGGGUCUGUUCCAUAUGCAGGAAGUGGAGAGAUUCGGCACUGUACCGAGAUGGGUGUUGUCGCUUUAACAUUUGAUGAUGGCCCAUCUGCGUAUACCGAUGACUUGCUGGAUCUCUUAGACGAGUACGGCGCCAAGGCGACAUUCUUCAUCACUGGUAAUAAUAAUGGCGUACAUGAAAUCGACGACUGCUCGACCGGUUAUCCAGCUAUCAUCAAGAGGAUGUAUAACUCAGGUCAUCAAAUUGCCAGUCACACCUGGGGGCAUCCUGACCUCAGCGGGGUAAAUGAAGAUGAAUUCGACAGACAAAUGUACCGGAACGAAAUGGCCAUCCGCAAUAUCCUUGGCAUCAUCCCAACCUACAUGAGACCACCAUACAUUUCCUGCGACUACAAUUGCGCUAGGAAGCUCGACGAGAUGGGCUACCACAACAUCUAUUUCGACGUCGACACCGUUGACUAUUGGAACAAUGACGCCGAGUUGAUCCACAACUCGAUGCAUAACGUGGACGCCGCCAUUGCCGCCCCGAGUCAAAGCAGCUUCCUCAUCCUCCAGCAUGAUAUCCAUUACCAUUCGGUAUACUCUCUCACAGAGUACAUCCUCAAGGCAAUGGGCGAAGCUGGAUAUGGCACCUCGGUGACUGUUGGGACCUGCCUUGGCGAUCCUCGUCGAAACUGGUACCGUGACGCCCAGCCGGCCACCGUGAAAUGUUAG